ACUGGCGACCUUGUGUGACGUCAUAGGUCAUUUGUGACGGGAGUCGGCGAGUAUCCGAGACUUGGAUUACUUCCUGCAGAACCAUUAGCGCGUUGAGGAGAGUCUCAAGGAUGGCCGGCAAGUACAAGAUUGUGAUGGUGCGCCACGGCGAAUCGGAGUGGAACCAGAAGAACCUCUUCUGCGGCUGGUUCGACGCCGACCUCAGCGACAAAGGUCGCGAGGAGGCGAAAUCAGCUGGAAAGGCCAUCAAGGAAGCCGGCCUGAAGUUCGAUGUGGCUCACACGUCCUUCCUCACGCGCGCCCAGAACACGCUGGCGUCGAUCCUGCAGGAGAGCGACCAGACGGGCAUUCCCAUCGAGAAGACCUGGCGUCUCAACGAGCGCCACUACGGCGGCCUCACUGGGCUCAACAAGGCCGAGACGGCCGCCAAGUACGGCGAGCAGCAGGUGCAGAUCUGGCGCCGCAGCUUCGACGUGCCCCCACCGGCCAUGGAGCCCGACCAUCCCUACUAUGACAAGAUCGUGAAGGAUCCCCGCUAUGCUGGCGACCCGAAACCCGAGGAGUUCCCCAUGUUCGAGUCCCUGAAGCUGACCAUCGAGCGCACCCUGCCGUACUGGAACAGCGUGAUUGUGCCCCAGAUGCAGGCCGGCAAGAAGAUCGUGAUUGCCGCCCACGGAAACAGCCUGCGAGGCAUCGUGAAGCACUUGGACAAUAUGAGCGAUGCGGCAAUUAUGGAGCUGAACUUGCCCACGGGCAUUCCGUUCGUGUAUGAACUGGAUGAGAACCUGAAGCCGGUGGUGUCCAUGAAAUUCCUCGGCGAUGAGGAGACUGUCCGGAAGGCCAUGGAGAGUGUCGCUGCCCAGGGCAAAGCCAAAUAGAUGAUCGCUCUGAGCGACCGUAUUUAUCUCAAUAUUUAUUCGAACGAGGUGAAUCGUUGUAAAAUAACUCGGUGAAAUACAUGUAAGCUCUUCGUGUUCACAGAAGCAAAA